GCCGUGGUGCUGAAAACAUCCACUACAAUACAUUAGCUGCACGGCUUAAAGUGACAAAAAGCAGUUUUGAUUUGUUUUUAAAGAGUAACAUUUUUAUCUGAAUAUUCUUAAAUGUCGCGCGCAGGCUGAGAAGAAAGAGAAGAUUUUAAGAUUCUCCCCAGUCUUGAUGAGAUUAAUUUUUGGAGCUUUACUUUGACUUUUUUUUUUUUUUUUUUUUUUACCCCCCAUCGCUCGCCCCCCACCCCCACCACCCCACUAUAGUGGGACCCCAGGUGCGUCACCUCCCUCCUGCCUGCCCUGCAUGGUCAUGACCAGUCAUCACCCCCCUCCCUCAGCCCGCCUCAUCCUAUUGGUCCUCCUCACCGUCACUCUGUGGCUGGCCACCAACGCUGCCCCCGCAUGGGCCGAACCCGAGGACAGAGGGACAGCAGAGGGAGGGGCGGCGGAGAAAGAGGAGGAGACGGUGGUUGUUCUGCCGCCCCGGGGCGACGACGGCGGAGGCAACAAUGCGUCGCGGGACCGGGACGAGCGUCCGGAGCUGGGAUUGGACCCGGCGCGGGUGCUCGCAGUCCUCCUACAGGCUCUGGACCUGGAGGGUGACGAAAGACAGGAGGGGGACGAGAGACAGGAGGCGUCCUCUAGCUUGGUGGACGUCAAUGAGAUAAGGAGGCAGUCCGGGGCUGAUGAGGUUAUCCAAGACUUUGAGGAGGAACGGGGUCACGGGCGGUCAAAUGAGGACCUCAUGGAGAAAACACCAGUUGAUAGUUUCCUGGCUUCCGCCCCCCAGGGGGACGAGAGCUCCCUGCAGCGCAAAAUCCGCGGCUACUUCCAGAACAUUGAUUUGGGCCUCCAAGACAAUGAGAUUCUGCCACCCCUGAAGGGCUACAAGGCGUACAACACACAGUUGGCCCGAGCUGGAAAGAAGCUCCACUGGCAGGAAAAUUCUGCCGCCCAGGCCGGCCCCAUCAACGGCGGUAACUUCAUGGAUGACUUUGAGGACGAGGGCGGCGAGCUGGAGGAGGAGGUGGAGGAGGAGGACGAGAGCCUGAGCCGCAUGGAGGAGGAGGCCAGGGCCCAGGCUGAGAAGCUGGAGGUACUCAGGCAGCAGGAGGAAGCCGAGCGAGCCCGCGAGGAGGAGCAGCGUUUGGCCGACGUGGCCUCCGACAUGCUGCUACAGUACAUGGGCCGCAAGCAGCAGGCCUUCCUCAAACCACGGCAGAAAAGCAGCAACGCUGCCGAGGACAAGCGCUCUGAGGAAGUCCUCCUCCCCGUCCAGGACGAGGACGACCUGGACCAACAGAUGAUCGAUCGUCUCAUCGAGAUCAGCAGCAAGCUGCACCUGCCGGCUGACGACGUCAUCGAGAUCAUCAGCGACGUGGAGGAGAAGAAGAAGAAGCGGAAAGAACUACAGCAGCAGCUCCCUGCGGUUGCUGCCUUACCCGUGGUGCCCCGAUUUAGGCCCCUGGUGCCCCCCCCUCUGGCCGCGCCGCCCAUCUACCAUUACACGGCCUCCAAAAACCCCAAGAAAGCCCCCUACAAGGCCCCCUACAAGGCCUCCUACAAGUCCAUGAAGAAGUGGCAGAAGGACAAAGGCAAGUCGCGCAAACAGGACUUGUGGUACCAGCCUCAGAGCCCCAUCGACUACUGGUACAAACCCCAGAAACAGUUCCUGGCCUUCCCUUCCUACCCGUACUACCAGAAGCCAUAUCGGGCGUACUACCCUGUCUACUUCCCUUACCCCAAGCCGCAGUACUACGGCAAGCCCCCUUCCGCCCGGGACCAGACCUUCAACACCCAGGACCUUGAUCCGCAGGGUCCGCGACGUAGGCACAGGGGCCAGGGCAAGAACCGGGGGCAGGGCUGGAGGCAGAGGCCGGCGCCCCGCUUGCCCGACACCCCGUACAUCUCUAACUAUAUCCUGCCCCACCCACGGACCUACCAGCCCCUGCCGCCCCCGAAACCCCUGGCCCCGCCCCGGAGGGGCAGGCGGCCCCCCUUUUACUACCAGCCGGCCACAACCCGGGACGACGACUACGAGGAAGACGGCCUGGUGCCUCAGAUGGACAGUGAGGAGGAGCUGGAGAACUUUAUCGAGAGGAUCUACAUGAAGCGCAGAAUGUACUGAAUGACUGGUUUAGGGAGGGAGGGGGGGGAUUUGAAGCCCAGGGUGGGGGCGGUGUUAUCGUAAGGCUAAAAUGUAUCAUUUGGAUGGUCCAGGAAUGAGAUUCCAGUUUGUUCUAAUCCAUUCUUUUUUUGAUGUUGUUGAAAAGGUUCGCUCAGAUGAAUGGGGCUGGGAGGGGCUUACCCUGCACUUCGCCAUGUUUACAUUGUGAACACAGGGCGGAGUAUGUCCGUCUCCAUUCAGGUUUUCUACAACACACAGCGUCACUGGAACCAUGUUUACAACAUGUCUUUGUAUGUUACAUUACACACACAGACACACACACACUCCCAAAAAAAAAAAAAAAUCAGACAAGUUUUUGGUUGUAUCAGAUGUGUGCAGGUGCCUUUUACAAUUUAAGGGAGGGCACAUAUAUUUUUUGAUUUUUUUUUUUUAACCCCCUGAAUUUUUGCCUUACACACACUAGUCUCAUCCCGAAGCCCCGCGGUCCCCACAAAGCACAAAACACUUCCAGAUCUGGUGGGCCGAGGUUUCGCCAUCAUUCUUGCCAUCCGAUUGGAUGCGAUUUUAUGUCAUCUUUUUUAGCAUGAUUCAUAUAAUUUUUUUGUUGUUGUUGAUUGUAUCCAUAAUCUUUAGGGCCCUCGUGGAAUCUUUGCGUUGUUAUAAGGGAUUUGAAAUUCAUUCUGGCAAAAAAAAAAAUAAAUAGUUUAAAGGGGUAAUAUCCAAUUGACAUUAUGUAUUAGAAAAUACGUUUGAUCCUUUUAUGGGUUAACCAUGUGUAAAUUGGCACGAGGGCCCGUUCAUCACUUUAGUUUUGUUUAAAAAAUAUAUAUACUUGAAGUCCGCCGCCACCAGUGUGGGGGGACCAAUCGCUUUUGUUCAUUUCCUGAAGAAAUUCAAUGACGAGUUUGCGGUGGGGUGGGGGAAGUGUCAGGGAUUGUGCUAUUUAAAAAAAAAAAAGAAAACAAACAAACAACAACAACAUGCACGUCUUUCUACUUGCAUCUUUGAAAAAAGGACAAAAAAAUGUGGGAAAAAAAAUAAAACAGUGUGGAGAAUUCAAGAUGGCUGUCUUCUCUCAUUAAAACUGUGAACACUAACAAUUAAAAAAACAAAACAAAAAACAAGAAGGAGGAAGACCUGCUGACGCCAUCUGUGUGAACGAGUGUU